AUGUCACAAACCGAAGCCCAGGCGGAGUUCCAACAGCUUGUCGAUAAAAGCAGCCAAGGCUCCGACGAAGACCGCCACCUACACCCCGAAGACCGUCUCGCCUUCAAACAAGAAGCCGCAUCUACCGGCAUUGACGACGUGGACGAAGAAGAACAGUACCGUGUGAAGCAAAUCGACGCCGCCAUGCGUAUGCCGUCCCACAGUGCUGCUGGCGCAGACACAUAUGGCUACAAUCUGCCCCCAGCAUCUUUCGACUCGGGUCGUGCCACGGGUGUCAAGGGUGUCAUUGCCGAUGCCCGGAACUACGAGCUGGCCCGCAAGGCUACCUUUAUGAACCGUGUCCGCAGUGCCCGCCGGAGUGUGUUUGGCCUUGGACAUGUCAGCAAUGAUUCCGUCGACAACGACAAGAAGAGCGAUCUCUCAUCGGAGGAGGACGAGGACGAGGAGUCGUUCCUGGCACAGUGGCGUGACUCCCGCCGCCGAGAAUUGGAGGGCGAUGCACGGCCUGGUGCGCACAUCCGCACACGGCGGACGUCACCAAGCGUCCGCUUAUAUGGUCGCCUCGACAGCGUCGACGCUCUCGGCUACCUGGACGCCAUUGAGAAGGUCGGCCGGGAGACCGUUGUUGUCGUUUUUGUCUAUGAUGACGAGUGCCAAGUAUCCAGCGCUAUCGAGCAAGCUCUGCGGCCUCUGGUCUCGGCGUUUCCCGCCGUCCACUUUGUCAAGGUCCACUACGACGACAUUGAGUUUGACAACGCCGCCGUCCCCGCGAUUCUGGCCUACCGCAACCAGGGCGACCUGUUCGCCAACCUGACGGGCCUGAUCGAGAUGCUACCGGGUGAAGACAAGGAUGACGAUGACGCAUUUAGUAGCGAGAACCUGCAGAAGCUCCUGCACUCCAAGGACAUUCUGUAA